UAAUCUACUUUCAUAGAGAUGGAGAAAAGCUAUAUUCUUAUCCUACUACUAUUGACAUUUCAAGAUUCUAUGGUUGCAACUUCCACAAAUGAAACAGACAUAGAAGCUUUGUUAUCUUUUAAACAUCUUAUUACAUCCAAUACUUCUUUCUUGUCCGAGAAUUGGACAACAAAUACUUCAUUUUGUUCUUGGUUUGGUGUCACAUGUAGUCCACAUAAUAACCAAACUGUCAUAGCCUUAAAUCUCCCUAACAUGAAUCUUCAAGGCAAAAUCUCACCAUCAAUAGUCAACUUAUCAUUUCUCACUAUGCUUAAUCUUAGCAACAACUUUUUUCACGGAGUUCUCCCUUAUGAACUUGGAAAUUUACCUCAUUUGGAAGUCAUUGAUGUUCACAACAAUCAGCUAGAAGGGACUGUUCAUACUUCUGUCAGUAACAUCACGAGGUUGAAGAGAUUGAGGUUCGAUGGAAAUAGUUUCAGCGGUAAAAUACCAGCUGAGAUUGGCAAUCUAACCCAACUUGUUGAGUUAGACAUGUCACAUAAUCAGCUUUCAGGUUCUAUUCCUGCAUCAGUCUUCAGCAUAUCGUCGUUACGCGUUGUGUAUCUGGUAAACAAUAGUCUUUCUGGUUCAUUCUUGGUUAAUGAAGCAAAGGGUGUGAUGAAUCUUGAAGUUAUAGACCUUAGUCGUAAUCGAAUCAUCGGUGAGAUACCUUCAAGGCUAUGUCAAUUCAGUGAGUUAAGGAGUCUUGUUCUGUCUUACAACAAUUUAACAGGUCAAAUUCCUGGAAAUAUUGGUUGUUUAACUAGGCUUGAAAGUUUUUAUGUCACUCAGAAUGCAAUAAGUGGUACAAUUCCAGUGUCAUUGACUAAUAUUUCCAGUUUGGAAUAUCUUGGUUGUGUGAACAACCAUAUAGGUGGUAGAAUUCCUCAUGAAUUAAGGAAUUUAUCGAAUUUGAAGAUGUUGGGGUUCGAUUUCAAUAAUCUAACCGGUGAAAUACCAGAAUCUGUAUUCAACAUGUCUUCUUUGGAGUACAUUGCUUUUAGUGAUAACGAUCUGUCGGGGCGAAUUCCAACUACUCUUGGUUUACAUCUUCCAAACCUUAAAGGAAUUUUCUUGCCGGAUAAUCGGCUUGAAGGUGAAAUCCCGAUGUACAUUGCAAAUGCUUCUAAGCUUAUCGAGCUGGAGCUGGCGUAUAACUUUUUCACAGGCGAAGUGCCGAGUGACUUGGGAGAUCUCCGUGAGCUCGAGUUCUUGAAUCUUGGUGGCAAUCAGCUUACGAAUGAGAGAGGACAGCAAGAGCUUGGGUUCUUGAAUUCUUUGGUGGAUUGUAAGAAGCUGCAGUUUCUGAUACUGGCUAACAAUCCCUUGAACGGCGUGUUGCCUGAUUCGGUUAGCAAUCUUUCGUCCACUAUAGAAAUGUUCAACGUAGAGAAAAGUCGAAUCAAUGGACGAAUUCCAAGAGGAGUUGGCAAUAUGAGUAGCCUGUUAUCGCUAGUCUUGAGCGGUAACCAGUUGACAGGAACCAUUCCGACAGAGAUUGGCGAGCUGAAGCAACUUCAGAGGCUUUAUCUAAGCAGAAACAAGCUACGAGGGCCAAUUCCGGAGGAAGUAUGUGACUUGGUAUAUCUAGGAGACGCGAUUCUACAUGAAAACGAGCUCUCUGGGACUAUACCGAGCUGCAUUGGAAAUCUCAGUAGGCUGCAACGGCUUUCAUUUGGCUUCAAUAAGUUCACGUCAAGCCUGCCUACAAGUCUAUGGGAUAUCAAUAGCCUGAUUUUUCUGAAUGUGACAGAAAAUUCAAUACAAGGCGAACUUCCAAUCGACAUUGGAAAAUUGAAAGCUAUUGAAGGUAUCGAUCUUUCAAGUAACCAACUCUCCGGUGUGAUACCAAGCACAUUCGGAGACCUCAUAAGCCUGCGUUAUCUUUCACUGUCAAACAACUCGUUUCGCAGUGCAAUUCCAUCAUCGCUUGGCAGUUUGUUAAGCUUGGAGUUCUUGGAUUUGUCUUCAAAUGAGUUAUCAGGUAACAUCCCAACGUCCUUAGAAAAACUCUGGUUCCUUAAAGAAAUCAAUCUCUCCUACAAUCAUUUCGAAGGUGAAAUACCUACUCGUGGUGUGUUUUCAACAUCUUUGCCUCAAUCUUUCGUUGGAAACAAAGAUUUAUGUGGAAAACCUAUAUCAGAAGUUUCUCAAUGUGCUACAAGUACUGCAGAAAAACGAUCAAAGUCUAGGAAACACGUGCUUGCAAUUGUCAUUCCUGUGGUUGUCUCAGUUUUCCUCAUAUCAGUUGUUCUGUUCCUCAAGCGAAGAUCAAGAAGAACGGAACUUCAAGACCACGAAGAGCUAACAGAAAUCACAACACACCAGUUGAUCUCAUACCGCGAACUUCAACAAGCAACGGAUAGUUUCAGUGGCUCUAACAUGAUUGGUUCAGGAGGUUCAGGUUCUGUUUACAAAGGCAUAUUAGCUAAUGGAACUACAGUCGCGAUAAAGGUACUAAAUCUGCAAAACGCAGAAGGAUGCAAGAGGUUUGAUACCGAAUGCCAAGUGAUGAGAAGCGUUAAGCACAGAAAUCUCGUCAAGGUGAUCACUACAUGUUCCAAUGAGUACACGAGAGCGAUCGUUCUCGAGUACAUGCCAAAUGGAAGCCUUGAAAAUUGGUUGUAUGGUGAGGAACAUCAAGUCUUGGACAUGUUUCAAAGAGUUAACAUAAUGCUUGAUGUGGCUAUGGCAUUGGAAUAUCUUCAUUAUGGUUAUGAUUCACCUAUAGUCCAUUGUGACAUGAAACCUGAAAAUGUCUUGUUAGAUUAUAACAUGGUGGCACAUGUUAGUGAUUUUGGCAUCUCAAAGAUUUUAGCUCACAACAAGUCCAUGGCACAAACUAACACAUUGGGCACUUUUGGCUACAUUGCACCAGAAUAUGGCUCAGAGGGAAUAGUGUCCACUAGUGGUGAUGUUUAUAGUUAUGGCAUAAUGUUAAUGGAGAUAUUGACAAGAAGAAGGCCAACAAAUGAUUUUUUCAAUGAAAACAUGAACAUGAGACAAUGGGCAAAUGAGUCAUUUCCAAGUGAUUUGAAGACAAUUAUUGAUGCAAAUAUUUUCUUUGAAGAAAAUGAAAUUUGCAUAUUUUCUAUGAUGAAUUUGGCUUUGGAAUGUACAAGAAAAAGACAAGAAGAGAGAAUAAAUAUGAAAAAUGUAGUAAAUAAACUUGGCAAAAUUAAAGAUAGUUUCUUAUUGGAUACAAAGAAGUAGGGGUUAGCAUAGUAUGGUAUAUUCUGAAUUAUCAAAUCAAAUAAAAAUUUUUGAUAUCGU